AUAUUUAAAUACCUUAUCGCCGUUCCUAUACUAUCCAAAAGAAAAAACUUGAAAUCUUUCGGGGAGUGGGCAAUCAUAACAGGGGCCACUGAUGGAAUCGGCAAAGCAUUCGCUGAGGAGCUUGCCAAAGAUGGACUAAAUAUCAUGCUUAUAAGCAGAAAUAUUGAUAAACUGAGACGAGUUGCGUGUGAAUUAGAAGAAUGCUAUAAGGUGAAAACGGAAAUUGAUUUUUACGACAAGUUAGAAGCUGCGGUUAAUGGACUUUCUUCUAUUUGUUGCCUAAUCAAUAAUGUUGGCAUGAGUCUCACAUAUCCUGAUAGUUUUGCUUCGAGUCCUCUUACUACUGCUGAUAAAAUCAAAGAUAUUGUUCUAUGCAACGUUUUAUCUGCAAGUAUAAUGUCUCGAAUUGUCUCUUCCAAACUAGAGAAUCAGGCUUCACGUGCUUAUAUAAUCAACAUUAGUUCAUAUUCUGGGACUAUUCCAGUACCUCUCCUUGCACUCUAUGCCGGAACGAAGGCAUUUAUAUGGAAUUUUUCCCGUUCUCUUUCUCUUGAAUCUUCUAAAGUUGUCGUUAAAACGUUGGCUCCAGGCUUUGUGUCAACAUCAAUGACGCACAACAGACGCACUUCAAUUCUGGUUCCAUCAGCUCAUCAAUAUGCCUGUUCUGCACUUAACACACUAGGAGUUGAAGCCCAUGGGGCCGGUUAUUUGCCUCACGCCCUUUUUGCUAUUGUCGUAAAUGCCGUUCCUUCUUUUAUACGUUCUCGCUUAGUUUAUUCUCAGAUGCAUUCUCUCAGGGCAAAAACACUUAAAAAGAUGGAAAAUACAAGUAAAAAGACUGGUUGA